GUCUGUCUCUUUUGUUGUGCUUGCUGCUGAUGGUUUGACCUGCAAAGCCAGUCAUUGCUGGUCAUGCUGCCAUGGCAACCAGGAAAUACUCACCGCCAUCGGUGGAGUAGUGGUUGUGUGUAGGGAGAUAGAGAGGAGCAGAGCGUGGCGAGUGGGAGUCCAGACAGCACAACAACAGAAGGGAGACUCAUUUUCACCUUUGCCUUUCAAUCCCGCUGUCUCUGCCGCUUCAUCGUCCGCCAGGCUUGUGAUUCACUCAGCAGUGUCUUAACAGGUGCUUCACAGAUGGCUGCCAGCACUGCAGCCACAACUCUGCUGCCGCCUGUGAAGAGCGUGUUGGUGUACAGGAAUGGCGACCCCUUCUACGGUGGCCGGAGGUUUGUGGUCAACCAGCGGCAAGUGGCCACUAUGGAGGCUUUUCUAAACGAAGUGACCGAGAACAUUGGUGCGCCGCUCGCCGUCAGGACCCUGUACACCCCCAGGCAGGGCCACAAGGUCACACACCUCCAGGACCUUCAGACAGGAUCCCAGUACGUUGCCGCUGGAUUUGAAAAGUUCAAGAAGCUGGACUACCUGAACGUAGGAGCAAAAAAGCACCCUGCUGCCCGUGAAGAAAUCCAGGCUAAAGUAACCCAGAGGCCAAAUGUCUCAGCGAAAUGGAGGAAGUUUAUACCUGUGCCUUGUGUUAUACACGUUUUCCGUAAUGGAGAUCUCCUGUGUCCGCCGUUUCGAUUCAUUAUUCCUCGAAGCAUGCAGCAGGACCUGGAGCAGAUUCUGAGUAUGGUCACAGAGAAAGUCUGCUUACGAACUGGAGCUGUGCGCAGGUUGUGUUCCUUGGAAGGGGUGACUGUGUCCUCAGCUGGGGAGCUGGAGACUGGCCACUGCUAUGUUGCCGUGGGAACCGAGAGGUUCAAGAAACUUCCAUAUGUGGAGCUGUGGGUCUCAAAAGCGACGGAGAGAUAUUACCAAGGAAAGAGACGACUGCUGAGGAGAACGGAGAACAGGAAAGCAGGGAGCGGUCCAGCAGAUCAGUACAGCGACUCAGCUCUCCUCAAUUCACCAGAUUCAGAUGGCCGGAGGGUGAAGUCAACAGGAGAUGAGGCUGCACCUCCACAAGCCCCACAGCAGAGGAGCAGGAGACAGGAAGCAGAUGAGGCCUUUGCAUUCUUCGCCAGGCCGGUCAAAAUCCGCAAGAACAGAGGACUGUCGAGACUACAACUCACAGGAUCUGUCCAGCCCAGCGUAUUUAAAGGAGCCGGACGGAAGAGAAGAGAGGAGGUACGAGGAGCUGAGGAGGUGCAGGAGGAUGAAAAUACAGCCACAGAGCUUCCCGUUGACAAGAGAGUUGCCGAAAUAGUGGAGAAUGAAGAAGAAGUCAACCGUGCAGACGAGCCUCUCCGCAGCACACAGCAGGAACAGUCGCAUGAACAAAACGGUGUAGAACAUUCCGAGAACUGGACAGACACGUCUGCUGCUGAUCUACAGGAACCAGAACAAAAGCACAUGUCUCCAAGACCUUCAUUAAUCACCUCGCAGGGAGGGAACUGGGAAGAAAAGGACAAACCACAGGAAGUCCCGUCAAAUACAGUGGAACAGAACCACAGUCAGAACGACAAGUGAAACAGGAGCAAAGAGGAUUCACCAAGGCCGUCACCUCGGCAUCAUGAGCCUAAACAGCUGGACCCAAAGCACAGAAAGCUGUUCACCAGAAGAAAGGACAUGAAUGUUGUCAUUUGUAGAAUUUUAACUGUGAUAAUGAGCCAAGUAACAACAUGAAUGUAUAAUGUUAUUCUUUAGGAAACUUGACAGGCAUAAAAAUGUGAUCUUCCUGGAAUAAAUUAAGACGAAACGAGAGAGGAAAGCAUGCCUGCACACAUCUCAUAAAACUGCUUUUAGUACUAAACAUGAUUGAUAACAUUUAGUAUAUUAAUAUGCGAAGAGGUGCUAAAUAUUACUUAACAGCUUUUCAAGUCUUUGAUCACAGUCCAAAUUGUUAAAACAUUGACCUAGUGAUGAUUAGAUUAGGCUAUCACCAAAGAAACACACGUCACUGACAACCACUGAUGUCAACCUGCUGGUGGCGCCAGAGAAGAAGUGAGGGCAUCGGUUAAACUUAGUAUGACUCAUCCUCUGAGGACUACGUGUCAAAUAACAUGAUUUGGCUGUAAUACUGUUGAUCAGAUUGUCGUGUACGUACACGGCCACACUGAUAACAUGCCUGAGAAACAAAACUGGACUGGAUUUGGUUGCAUUAGUGUUAAUGAUGUUGUGUCCAGCUUGCUUUCAAGGACAAUUCUAAUGCAGUAGAUGUAAAUAAAUAAAUAAAUAAAUACAUUUUUACACAUAGCUGUAUUUGUACAAAUGUGUGACGGUGAAAAAAAAAAAUAUUAAGAAGUGUGUUUUGCCAACAAAUUAUUAUUAAAAUAUUUGACAUGACAAGCUGCAAAGAUGCAACAUAACAAAGUCAUCUGUACAGUGCUCCAUCAGUUAAAUACUGUGACAAUAAAAAAUAUACAGUACA